AUGUAUCCUUCAACGAUACCCGACAUGAGAACUUUCAAAGGAGAAAUUAAUAUGGCGCACGCAGGUUACGACCACCGCCAACCAAGUGAUCUUGGUUCAGCAUCAUUGACAACAUUUGUUCCCAACAAGACGGUGGAUCAGUCAAAUAUACUCGUACCGAUGAGCGCAAACUCGUCCCCGUACCCGAAUAGAUCGUCCCAGCGCAAUGGAGAGAAACGCACUUGGGCACAGGACGGAGAUAUUCCCAAACUUCCUCCGGAGAUGUCAGAUUCCAUCGGACAACGUUACCAGCAACACAACGGUCAAAAUCCACGACGAUCGAACGUCAUUCGUAUCGAUGCAAGAAACCAUUCAGAUAAUCACUUGGAUCAGACAAAUGGAGUAAAACGGAAGGCAUCUUGCUUGCGCACCAACGUUUCGCCGAACUCUACAUCACAGAUGCCAAACGCACUCGGACCAGUGUCGCCACCGGUAGAUCACGAACAGCACCGCUACGCUUCUUUGCUCAGAACAAAUUCAUCGAACCGGUCAGCAGCUUCGAAAGGCCAGCAACCUACAGUUACUUCAGGUCAGAGAGUGCAUCAGAAACACAACUCAACUAAUGGCAGCUACGGGGGAUCACAAAUAACAGCUAGUGACACCCUUCCCCGCAACGCCAUGUCGCAAGAUGCAACUCUGCCGUAUGCUCACAGACAAAGGCACGCGUCCAUCCCAUCGGAAGGCAUGCAAGAUUACAAAAUUGUGUCAUCUGCCACCUCACUUACACAACAGGAUCAAAAAUGCCCAUGCAGCAACCUGCAAACCCACAAAAGUGAAGGAUCCCGAGUAACUUUCGCUACUGAUAAGCAGAAAUGCGUGGAUCAAGACCAACAACCGCCCCCAUACCAAUCAUCCGAGAAGACCAACGGAAAACAAGCAAUCACAUUAAAGCCUUGCUCAAAUGAUGAUCACACCGCAUCAAGCUCACUUCCAAAAAUAGAGAACAAAAAUAAAAACCAGAAGAAAAAGAAAAAGAACUAUCUUCUAUGGAUAAUACUUGUUCUUACGUUGCUUCUUCUUACAACAGUAAGUUUGUUAAUAUACUACGCAUCACAGAUGAAGGAUUCAGGCAAAAUCUCAGUCACAAACAGCGGUCGAAGCAGAAAGCCAAACGUGACGGUCGAGCCACUGAGUACAUUGUUCAGCAGCACACUGUCAAACCGACCUACCGUCACCCGGGUGACUGACCUUCCUGAUCGUAGUCAGGAUGGGGUUUGCCUUACCGACAGUUGCUUGAAGGCUUCUGCCAGGAUUCUUGCCGGUAUGGAUCGAAGCGUCGAUCCCUGCCAAGACUUCUACUCGUAUGCAUGUGGUGGCUGGCUGUCCGAAAAUUAUAUUGACCCGAGUCGAAUGGAGUACGCAGUUGCUACAAAAAUCGCGGAAAAAAACGAUCGGAUUCUUCACGAACUCCUUGUGAGGCCAUCUCCACAGCUUCGUGGAUUCAGAACUAACAACACAUCGCAAGCAGAAGAAAAGAUAAAGAUGUUUUAUUAUUCUUGCCUCGAUCUGCAUGAGAUUGAAACCCUCGGAUCGAAACCUCUGGUCGAUCUGAUAGUUUCCUUAGGUGGGUGGGCUGCAAUGGGAGAGGAAAGCCGAUGGAACUUGAAUGAACUGAUCUAUCAAAACCAUGGAGUCCUCAGUAAUAGUGUCUUCUUCUCGAUUAGCGUUAAAAUCGACCCCUUCAAUGCAAGUCAACAUAUUCUAAUAGUGGAUCAGCAGGGUUCUCUGACGCUACCGGACAGAAUUUUUUACUUUAAUGGAUAUCAGGUUGGAAACCGGAUGGAAGGACAUUUUAAGCAGGGCAUGAGGUCAAUACUUGGACUUAUACUUCCUGCGCAGAACGUUGAAGCAGUUGUGGAUGACGUAUACAACUUUGAGAAACGACUUGCAACGAUCCAAAUAUCCGUGGAAGACAUGAGACGACGUUCGUUUGCUAAGGUUUCUAUAAGACGACUAAAAACCUUAUGUCCACAGGUUGAAUGGUUCCGGUUGUUACAACGAAUUCUCACGAAGAAGCAACUGAGACUUGACACUGAGGUUAUAGUGGUUGGGCCUCAGUACUUUUUCUCAAACCUAUCUCGGCUUAUACACAAUUCCUCAAAAGAUACGCUUCAGAAUUACAUGAUGUGGCGAGUUGUAUUCUCUCAACUCUCCAGACUUUCUCUACCUUUCCGGCGAGCCGCAGAAAGUCUGACAUACAGUGUUUAUGGGAUAAAGGGUGUUAUACCAAGGUGGCAAGAAUGCUUAAAAUAUGCAAAGCAACAAUUUUCAACGGCCCUUGGGAUUAUGUUUGCAAAAGAAACAUUUACACCUGCAAUGAAAAAAGAUGUGCGUCACUUAGCCUCGUACAUUAAAGAAGCAUUCAGACGCAACUUGAAAUCAAUUCAGUGGCUUGACCGACCUUCCAAAGUCGCAUUAUCAAAGCAGCUGGACAGAAUCUCUGUAAAAAUUGGCUACCGAAACAAAUAUAAGGAAUCUCCGGAACUUCUUGAUAAGUUGUACUCGUUUGAGGUUCAACCAUAUACUUUCUUUGAAAACUACAGACGAAGUGUUAAAGCCAAAAUUGAUCUUUCUGCUGGAAAGUUAGCAAGCGAUGUUGACUAUACAGAGUGGCAACGCCCAUAUUUUGAAGCAAACGCUUAUUUCUCUGAACAGCGAAAACACAUGAUUUUUCCUGCUGGAUUUCUGCAGUCGCCAUUCUACAUUAAGGAUGCUCCUCGUGUUGUCAACUUUGGAGCGGUUGGUUCUACCAUCGGUCACGAGUUAAUUCACGGGUUCGAUGAUAUCGUAAAUCGCUUUAACGACGACGGAAGUGUGAAGGAUUGGUGGACUACCCAAGUAUUAGUGAACUACUCGCAACAGGCUGACUGUGUUACACAAACUUACAACCGUUACAGUAACUUUAUCGGUGCUUCUUCUGAGAAGGAAAACAUUGCGGAUAUGGCUGGAGUUAAACUUUCGUACAAGGCAUAUCAGUUAUGGAAACAAAGCCAACAAAAAAUGUCAAGUUUUCGCGACGUUCUACCAGGCUUGUCUCUUUCAAACGACCAAGUCUUCUUCGUUAGCUACGCACAGUCGUGGUGCAACAAGCGUGUUGGAGUCUCUCAGCCUAAUCUCUCUGGUGCGCAUGCGCCUGAAAAGUACCGCGUCAUCGGCAGUUUGUCGCAAUUCCAAAAGUUUUCCGAUGUUUUCUCUUGCGAGCCAGGUCGUCCUAUGAAUCCUGUACAAAAGUGUUCUGUAUGGUGAACAACUAUGACGAUGCAAACUUACACUAAUAUGUCCAUAAUUGUAACUUUGCAAGGUCGUCUAUAAUCUGUAAUGUGAAAACAAUCCUGUACCAUUUGCUUGUGUAUUUUACCAUCGACAUUCUUAGUUGCUUAUUUCCUUUAAGUCCCAAUAAAUAAACGAACGUUGUUCCUC